AUGUCUGGCUGCUUGUCGUCAUCUAUGACAGGAUCGACAGAUACGGGGCCGCUGCAGCCCCAGGAAGAACCCGCGUCGCUUCCCGUCGCUCGACCAUCGUCCUUGUCGGAGGACAACGGUUCGUCAGCACGGCGAGGUAAUCGUCAUCAUUGUCACCAGGCGCGACGUAGAAUGACGUCCGCUCCUCCGUCUGGACAAGCAAUACAACUCACACCUCUUUGGGAACACGUGGUGCGUACGCAUAGAUUUCCGUCCGAGGUCGACACGCAGGCCACCUUCAUCGAGAUCUCCGAGAGACUUCGGGAUCCGGAAUGGGAGGUUCGCCAACACGCCCUACGGGUACUGAUGGACGUUUUGCCGACGCUGAAUACCGAUGUCGUUGACAAGGUCAUGCAACCAGUGGUGCAGGAGCUGAUCAAUAAUUUGGGACAUCCAGCGCCGGCGGUUCGUAAAGGCGCCCUGGACACGCUGCGGGUCUACCUGGUUCAUAGCCCCAACAGGGAAAACAUGGUUAAAAACAUCCUUCAUGACGGUUUGAAUCGCCCGGAUGCUCACAAUCCGUUUCAAACAAACGUGACGACAGGCGUAAUCCUGAGUGCACCUCUGCUGCUCUUUCCAUCUUUGAAUAGUCCUCCUCCAACAACGCAAAUUCUGAAGGAUGCCACGAUCGCCUUCGCCUCACGAUUAGUCCAGGUACCACAUCAAGAAGCCGUUCUGAAGUCUCUCAUGAAGAUCCGUGACGUAGUCGGUGAGGAAGAAUUCGAGAGUUACUUGGCAGAUUAUGACGACAAGUUUAAGAAGAAUAUUGAUGUUCUCUCCAAAAUAUAUAAUAUCAAGCCGACCAAAAACAAGCAGGACAGAAACCGCACGCAGGACAUUAUGAAGGCUGACAAGAAAGAGCGCGCCUUUGACAAAUCCUGGGAUAGCGACAGCGACACUUCUGGUAUCGCUGAGGAAGAAGACGAUCAGAUACCGAACGCCGGAGGUGCGAUACCACCGUCAAGAGUUGUUCUGGCAACCGAGAUCAAGUUCAAUGAGGAGACAGCCAUCACGAUGACAAUCCUAGAAGAAAAAGACGACGAUGAUAGCGAGGAUAACGAGGGAAAAAAAAAUUGGAAAGAGAUCGACGCGAAAAACAGCGUUGUUGAAAAAUCAUUGUCCGCAGAUAAACGCAGGACACCCAGACGUGUCCACUUUGGCGGCGAGAUCGUGAAACUAAGGACACCCGACAGCGACGAGACAGAAUCAAUCGAGAUAACGCCUAAGACGAGGAUUCCACUUCCGGUGUCGCCAGCCACUAAGAUGCCGGAAAUGACGAGGAGGCGACCAUCGUCACAACCCUGCAGUCCUCACAUGGAGAAGCGAAGAUCGAAGAGAGCUUCCAGGUCAGCAUCCAGCAGUCCUAAGAGAGAGUACACGCACAACGCACAGCUAAGUCCUAAGAAAAGUAUUUUGACGAAGACGGGUGGACCUCUCAUUGUAAUCAAUUCAGCAAAGGAAGAAAUAAAGAACACGAAAAAAGUUAGAAAAAGUAGUGAUCAAACGAUUCUAGAAAAUGAAGCUUCUCGCAUAAGCAGUAGUUCGCAAGAAAUUAAUGAAACGUCAAAGAAAGAAGAAAUUAUGUUAGUUCAGGCUAUUGCGCUGUCAGCAAAUAGUGAAGACAAAUUGACAAGAAGUAACGAUGAAAAUGAUCUGUCUAAGUCAGUUCAGGUUGCAGCGAUAGAAACCUCGAAUAACAUAUCUUCAAAGGGGGAGCAAGCGAUGAUCCUUAAGAGAAACGAUCACGUGAAUGCGACCGAUUUGAACAGAAGUAAUGUUUCUGAAGCUUUUUUGAAGCAAGAGAAGAAUUACAGGAUGAUAAAAUCAUCAAGUCCAGAACGUAAAAAGACAUUCCGAGAGAAGGACGAUGGCUUCGAGUUAGAAAGGGAAUGUUUGAACGAACAGAAGUCGUCAGGAAACAACUUGUCUCGCAGGUCCAACAGUUUCCCGUUCGGAUCACCAGUAAACGAGUGCAAUGAGCAAAUAGAUUGUCUGCCCGGCGGCGACUUCAUCGACAAUGACGACGAUGAUGACGACGAUGAACGAGACGUGCGUACUUGCGGCAUAAUUACGGACGAUCGUGCGGUGACCAUCGUGAACGGUGAGGGACAAAAAGAGUGGCACAGCCAGUACGACAGAAAGAAGGAGAACUCGUCAGAGGGGAACGAAAGUGUCACUUGUAGUAGUAGCGAGAGCGAGGGUAAACCGCAGGAACCUAGCUGGGAGGAAUUGGGAUUGGUUGGCCAGGAGGUGUUGGAUGACCUGCACAACAAGGACGACUGGCGAGCGCGUGUCAGAGGUCUAGAAAGAGUCGCGUCAGCUUUGCGGACGUCCUCGGCGCUAAUCGCGAUAGAGUCGCGAUUAGGAUCGCUCUUGCAUGCGGUGCUCGGCGGUGAAAGGAGCUGCCGCGUGGCCGCCGCCGGCUUAGCGGUGGCGAAGGUAGUGGUUGCCGGUGUCUCGGAGAAUGCACUAAGAAAGAAAUUGGCGCAGCUGGCCUGGGGCUUGGCUAGACAAGGUGGUCCAUCCGCGGCGCAACUCGCUCGAAUCGCGAUGUUACGGCUCAAGCCUAGCCUGCUCUUGGAACAAUUACUGCAACCACAUUGUCUGAGUGCCAGAAACACCAAGACAAGAGAGAACGCGUUGCAGCUGCUGAUCUUCUCACUGGUGACAUUUCCUAGCACUGAGUUCAAGCUGGAAACUGUAGCCAUCCGAGUGGCGACGAUGGUCGCAGAUCGACGACGCAGAGUACGUCAGGCUGCGCUCGACACCUUGGCUGUUUUGGGGCAGAUCUACGAUUCCGAGGUGGUCCUUGAAGCGGGAAGACGGGUAAGUGAGGGAAACCCCGAUGCCGAAGCGAUGUUGGCCGCCAUUAGAGCACGGUUGGCUAGGAAGUCAUUACCCCUGGUGUCGGCCGAUGGUCUCGUGGUGUACGGUUUGCAAAUUUCACCGACUGUUCAGAUCGCUACUGGUCCCGACGUUGAUUGGAUCGUGGCAGGAAGCGGUUCAGUCUCGCCUGGCACCGGUCGUAGUAGAGGUCAGAUUAUCGCCACGUCCAGAUCAGCACAGGGGAGAGCAUCCAGAAACGAUUUCUUGAAUAAUCGCGAGAGUCCGUGGAUAGAGAGACCCAAUCUUGUUGCCCUAGGUGUCGGAUUACAAGCCAAGACUGAGCAAUCGACGGCCUGGCAGUCACAAAUUAAUAACAAUGAAAAUGAGAUAAAAGGACUGAAUGGGCGACACGCAAAUGCGGGAGUGUCUUUAAAUGCCAAUUUAAGAUUCGAAGAACAAUUGCGAUCAAUUUACACGCCAUUAGACCAGUACGAUUUCGUUGAGACGGAUGCUAAAAAUCAUAGAGAAAUUUCUGACAAUUUCCAGCAAAAAAUGCGAAAUCGCAGAGACAUUAAUGAAGUAGCUAAAGAAAAGGAAAGUAUUGCUCUCAGAGGAGAAUCCAGGAUACCAGUAUUAUUGUCGCGUGAGCGUUCCAAAAUAACAUCACAAAAUCGUGACAAAUCCCUCAACUUGGAAUAUGUCAAUUCCAAUUCACGAAAGCAAACGACUGACGUGUUAGAUAGUAAUCGAAAUCGGAUAAAUUUGCGACAGGAAAAUGUCGGAUCGUACGCAGCAAUAUAUCAACGACGAAAACGUUUUCAACAAGAAGAAAAUCAGACCUUGAAUCAAACAUUUGAUUCACAUUCUAAUAGUUAUCGGCCAGCUCCUUACACAAAGACUUUGGGAGUAAAUAGAGAAUACAGUGAUAUAGUAGGAAACAGAGAAGUAAUCUUUUCGGAUGACAAUUCGCACAGUUACGACAGAUUCAUGGACAAUAAAUUUAUGAACGAGAACAAAAGUUCGAAUUACGCGGGAGGAUGUCAACGUUCGCUAUCCAGAAAUAUGCAGCAACAAACACUCGUCGAAGCGUAUAACUCGAUUCUCGAGCGCCAAAGGAAGCUUAUGGAUAAAAAUGUCUACGGGCCGUUACAAACUCCUCCAAAUCCAUCAAUCCGCGUGUAUCAGGACUCUCAGAAUCUGGAUACGCAAGUUCCUGCGGAUAGGGAUAGGAACGCGAGAUAUUGGCCCAAUGAUCGUAGAAUAAAAGAUACAGCAGCGACAGAGCACAAAACUGAGAUGGACUUAAUUUCGUUAAAUUCACAGGAGAACAGGCGCCCUUCUUCAGAAAGUUUCGCCAGUUCUCAUCGCAGAAGAUUGCGAUCGUUAUCCCCGUCACAACUUCACCGAUCACGACAGUUGACUUCCAACAGAUUUCACGCCGCGUCGAUGUACGACAUUAAUAAAGCAACGACGGUGAACGAGGAAGAAUACAAUGUACGAAACAGGCGUCACUUCUCGCCCGAAGCGAAAGGCUGUCACGUGCAAAAUUCGAACAAGGAGGAAUCGCGGUACCAAGAGUUUUUGCGUUCCUUCUCAAUCGGCACGUGCGAACGUCCGAAAAGCGCGAGCAGUUCGUCGUCGGACAUUUCCAGGAAUGACCGAUCGGGACCAGAGGAAAAUCAGGACGCGACGUUGCAAGAUUACAAUGACAAUGAUAAUAGUGAAUCGUCAACCCCGCAGAGCCUGAACGCUGGCGAUCCGGCGUUCGACGUUAUCACGGAACAGACGGCGGCGAAUCGCCAAAGCGCCACUCACGACAACGUCGAUUCCUUUUUCACGUCGUUGGAUACCAACAAAAUGGAGUACCCAAUCACGACGGCAGAUGCAUCGACUGUGGACGAGGUGUCGAAGGAAUGGAGCAGCGAGGAUGAUAUGAAACCGGCCAGUCGAAUUGGAUCGAUUUCCAGGCAUUCAAAUCAUGAGUUAAUUACCGUGGAUGAAAAUUGCAAUAGAAGCACAGAAAGCAGCUCCGGCGUUCCCGAACAACCGGAGGACGACAGGUCGAGCGCGCGAAGAUCAGUUGUAUCCGCGUUAUCGAACGAGCGGAUUCUACCCUCGUACGAAGACACGAAAGUUACAAUCAGUCCCAAAAAAUCGGAAUCGUUGUAUCUGACGCCUAAUCACAGUACUCAUCAUUCGCCAAUCUCUAAUUCGCCGACCAAGCGAAAUUCUCGUUGUGGUUCGCGCAAUUUGAUUGAGACUCCCAGGGAUUUCAAUGAGGAGAGAAUAAUCGCUUCCAUAGUACCUAACGAGGAUGCUUCCAUUCGAUCAUUGGACACCGUUGGUCACCCGCCUAUAGACAUCAGUAUAGUCGGUGAUUCACCAGCAAUUAUCAUCGCAUCAAGGCCCCAUUCUCACGAAACCGUCGAGUACGAGAACACGAGAAGCGUCGAAAAUGAUAAUCCGCAUAAUAAGAUUAAUACUCAAGAAUCCACGGAAGAAGAAUCCAGCGUGAACGAUGCUUUGGAGGACAAACAAAGUAAAGAUAGCGCAAGCGAAACGAAUACGGAGCCAGGAAUAUUGAAGAUAGAGUCUGAACCUGCAGAAGAUGUCGAAUCACGUAGAAGAAUGCCCUCGAAAGUACCAGUACGCGGUCCUAGUAGGUGUCGAAUGCCUUCUAACAAGAGAGCUAUGGAGAAGCCCUCGGAAAAAUCCAAACGAAUGGUACAACAGUGCUUUUCACAGCUCGAGAAUAAAGACUGGGAAAUAACGAUGAAAGGUCUGAAAGCUCUGUCACAAAUUUCGAAGCAGCAUCCAGAAGGCUUGGACGUCUGUACGGUUGGAACGAUAGGAAGGCUUUUAGGACGACACAUAAAGAAUCUUCGAUCGCAGGUGGCACGGGCUGCAUGUCUCGCUGCCGGUGAUGUUUUCAGUUCUCAGAUUCGGGGUAUCGAUCAGGAUUUGGACGACAUAGCUGGACCGUUGCUUCACAGAACAGCAGAUACCAAUCGAUUUCUUCGAUCGGACAGCAACGCAGCGCUAGAUCAGAUGGUGCAGUAUCUUCCGCCUCAUAAAACCAUCGGUAUCAUCGUACUUCGAGGAGCCAGUCAUCAAAACGCUAUUGUUCGCGCGGCGACCGCGCGACUGUUAUCGGAUAUCACCGAUCGCAUUGGACCUGAUCAUAUUAUGAUUUUACCGCGCGAUGUAAGGGAUAAAUUGCUAAACACGGGCGCAAAGUUGUUGAUGGAUGGAAAUCUAGAUGCGAGGAAUCAUGCGAAAAGGAUGUUUCGGCGACUGACUCGCUGCGAAGGUUUUCGUAAAGCGUUGACGGACGCGGUGCCCGAAACGACAUUAAGACACAUCGAUAAAACUAUGAAGACCUUAUAGUCGAACGUUCGAUUAAAUCUGCAUUCGAUGUACUCGGACUAUCUCAAAAGACUGUUUCUCUCGCAGGAUGUUUUUACGAUCCGUUAGAAGCCACUUUACGGCAUAGACAUGAAUUUUCUACAACGUAUAUACGCCGAAAAAGAUGUCGACAAGUAGCCAUAUAAAUAGCUUUUCUCUCCUCCGCGCUGUAUAUUUUUAAAAUUAAAUGGAGCGAGAAAUGUGACUUUGGAGAUCAGAAGUCAAGGAAGAUACACGAAGAACUCGAUGAGUAUCCACCAUCGUCGCAUUCAAUCUUGUUUUUUCUCGUCGACGAAUUUAUCGCGCGACGAAGUUUUGAUACUUGUAACUUUAAUACAUAUACGCAUGUAUAAUAAUUUUUUAUAUGAUUGUAUAAAGGACGCGCUUCGGCGCAAAUACAUUUGGAGAACUGUAGUGCCUUCACGUCAGUGAUCGUAAAUUACGCAAUUGUAGCUCAAUUACAUUGUAAUGUUCGUGAAGUAAAUCAUCUUCGUGACAUAAAUUGUUACGUGUUUCGAAAAGAGUAAAGAACGUUGGCUUGCUAUGAUCUUCACCAACUCUACAUUAACGAGUUGCAGGAAGAGAAAAAAAAAAAUAUAUAUAUAUGGAAAUUUUCCU